CGCACACGGAUCCUAUCCAUUCUCAUCCGUCUCAGCCGCCUCCACGCUUCUCCGCCCACCGCCGCCGACGAUGACGCCGGCCGCCGCCCACCACUUCCACCGUCCAGUCCGCUCCCAACGUCCGCCGUGCCGGUUUCCCCAACCCAGCACCAGCAGCCGGCAGGGAGCUGACCCCGGCCGUCGCCCCCCACAUCGGUGACUGAAUCGGCGGUCAGGCAGCAGCAGUCCGCCGCCCCGCCCAACCAAAUCCCAACGGCAGCAAGCAGCAGCAGGCAGCAGCAGCUAAGAUCAAUAGAUAAAAGGCGGAUUACAUUCACCUUGUGCUGGAAAGGAUUACAUUCAUCCGUCAGCGUCAGAUAUCACUAACUGUCAAAUGUGGACGGACUGCAAUGCAGAGAAAAUGCGGGAAUGGCGGUUGAAUUAUAAGAUUAUCAUGUCCAGGGAGGAGAUGAUGGAUGCUCACUGUUCUCCUGUGGACAUCUCCGAGACAUAUCAUAUCCUUUCCGUCGGCGAGGUGAUCCUCAUGAGUGUGGUGUUGAAGAAUACGAGCUGGGUUGCACCAGUAGCAAGGCUACAAUUCACAUCAACACGGGAACAUACUAUGUGACUGCCAUCAACUACACUGGUUCCUACUUCUGGGUCAUGGAUACCAACUUCAAUACCAGUAGCAGCUGCCCUCUUCCAUUGUGGAAUCACAUUCCUUACUUUGGAUAUUACGGCGACACUGAUUCAGUUUCACCACCUGGCUUUCGUUAUUUGCUCACUCAAAGUUCCUACGAAGCAUGUUUUUGUAAUUGUUCACGAGCAGUAACAGAUAAUAGUAGAUACAAGCCCGUUGCUUGCCUGAGUGCCAACAAUUCAUAUGUUUAUGUCUGGGUGUCUGGUUCAUGUGUGGUUGAAGAUCUUGAACCUUAUUGUGGAUACCUGGCCAAGAUUCCAUUUAGGGAUGAGUACUCUUCUUAUUGGCGACAGCUACAGAAUGCAAGUUAUGCAGAAAUCACACAGCACAUUUCUAAGGGGUUUACUGUCCAGUUUCCUGUCCCGGUUUACUUGGAACCUUCUGCAUCUGAGCAGUUAAGAAAGAACAUCAACUUAUGCCUCAACAAUUCAAUCAGCUACUUCAAGGAGCAAAUAUCUGGCACAAGCAUUAUUAAUUGGACUCAUGCUAUUUUCUGGAGUGAGGUGCACUUCUUAGAAUGCGUGACUCAGGAUGGUAACGAUCACAUCCACACAGCAAAGUUGGUUUUGAUUGUUGCAACCAUAGUAUCUGCUAUUGCUAUCCCCAAGUUCUUUUUUGUACUGUGCAGGUUCUUGUUGGCACCCCUGGCUGUAUGGAUAUUCCUAGCCUACAAGUACAUGAAAACAAGGAUCAUAAUUGAUGCAGUUGAGAAGUUCCUCAGGAUUCAACAAAUGAUUGGCCCGGCGAGGUACUCCUACACAGAUAUAGUUGCAGUCACAAGCCAUUUCAGAGAUAAAUUGGGCCAAGGGGGCUAUGGUACCGUGUACAAGGGCGUGCUACUCCCAGGCGAUGUCCAUGUCGCCGUGAAGAUGCUAGAGGGCAACUCCAACUGCAAUGGAGAAGAUUUCAUCAGCGAGGUCUCCACCAUCGGCAGGAUCCACCAUGUCAACGUGGUGCGUUUGGUGGGGUUCUGCUCGGAGGAAAUGCGAAGGGCCUUAGUCUACGAGUACAUGCCCAAUGGCUCUCUAGACAAGUACAUCUUCUCUGCUGAGAAGAGCUUCUCAUGGGACAAGCUCAACGAGAUCGCUCGGGGCAUUGCCAGGGGGAUCAACUACUUACAUCAGGGGUGCGACAUGCAGAUUCUACACUUUGACAUCAAGCCGCACAACAUCCUUCUCGACAGCAAUUUCAUCCCAAAGGUCGCCGAUUUCGGGCUCGCCAAGCUGUAUCCGAGGGGUGACAGUUUCGUGCCACUAAGUGCCAUGCGGGGAACCAUCGGCUACAUAGCCCCCGAGAUGAUAUCCCGGAGCUUCGGCGUCAUAUCCAGCAAGUCCGACGUGUAUAGCUUCGGGAUGUUGCUGCUGGAGAUGGCCGGCGGGAGAAGGAACGCUGAUCCAAACAUGGGGUCCUCAAGCCAGGCGUACUACCCGUCAUGGGUGUAUGACCAGCUGACUCAAGAAGAAGCGGGCGAGAUAUCUCCAGUUGCUGCCAACAUGCACGAGCUGGAGAAGAAGCUGUGCGUUGUCGCAUUAUGGUGUAUUCAGAUGAGGUCUCGUGAUCGGCCGACGAUGAGCGAGGUCAUUGAGAUCCUGGAGGCUGGGGUUGAUGGCCUACAGAUGCCUUCGAGGCCGUUUUUCUGCGACGAAGGGCACAACCAUGUGGAGGACUCUUACCUUUUCAGUUCUGAGCUGACGGCGGUCUCGGAGGAGGAACUGUCUGUGGUGUCCGAGGAAGAUGAUGUGUGAGGUAUAUAUACAAUGUGUGGUACUAUAAUUUAGUAUGUAUGUAUAUGUGUAUCAUGGGGUGAUGCAAUUUAUUUGUAGCCGUACCAACAGUAUAAAUGCUUUAUACAAACUGCCUUGCUUGCAGUGCAGAGCAACUUCAAUAAGUUUGAAAUCUUA